AUGUCUAUCCCCAACGAAGCUCUAAAAAAGCUCGUGCAGGAGAUCGAAGCCCGCGCUAUAACCUCACAACAACAAAUCAACAUCGCGAAGGCUCAGAUCACAACCAAGCAGCGCGAUAUCCGCAUGAUGCAAUUGACUUCCAAGGAGUUGUCAGAGUUGUCCUCCGAAACAAAAGUGUACGAGGGUGUUGGAAAGAUGUUCGUCAAUGUUCCCAUCGGUGCUGUCAACAAGCGCCUUACCCGCGAGAGCGCCGAGGCGACUGCCGAGAUCUCCAAUCUUGAUAAGAAGCUGCACUACCACGAAACCACGUUGAAGAAUAGCCAAGAGCACUUUAACCAGAUCAUUAAGUCGGGUGGACGGGCAUGA